AUGCCUGCCGCCACGACCACAAAGGGUGCCAGUGGCACCAACCCGACCGGCGGGCUGUCGGCCAACGACAACAUCGCCCGUUUCCCGGCGCCCAGCAGACCGCUGAGCCCGCUGCCCACCCACGCGCUGUUUAACGACAAGACCAGGUGCUUCGUCUAUGGCCUGCAGCCCCGCGCCGUCCAGGGCAUGCUGGACUUUGACUUCAUCUGCAAGCGCUCCUCGCCGUCGGUUGCCGGCAUCAUCUACACCUUCGGUGGCCAGUUCGUCAGCAAGAUGUACUGGGGCACCAGCGAAACUCUGCUGCCUGUCUACCAGGAGGUCACCAAGGCCAUGGCCAAGCACCCCGACGUCGACGUUGUGGUCAACUUCGCUUCUUCGCGCAGUGUCUACAGCUCGACACUAGAGCUUAUGGAGUACCCCCAGAUCAAGACCAUCGCCAUCAUUGCCGAGGGUGUGCCCGAGAGGCGAGCCCGUGAGAUUGCCCACAUCGCCAAGAAGAAGGGCGUCACAAUCAUCGGCCCUGCCACGGUUGGUGGUAUCAAGCCUGGCUGCUUCAAGAUCGGCAACACAGGUGGCAUGAUGGACAACAUUGUUGCCUCGAAGCUGUACCGCAAGGGAUCUGUCGGCUACGUCUCCAAGUCGGGUGGCAUGUCCAACGAGCUGAACAACAUCGUGUCUCAGACGACGGACGGUGUCUACGAGGGUGUCGCCAUCGGUGGAGACAGGUACCCUGGUACCACCUUCAUCGACCAUAUGAUGAGGUACCAGGCCGAUCCCGAGUGCAAGAUCCUCGUGCUUCUCGGCGAGGUCGGAGGUGUCGAGGAGUACAAGGUGAUCGAGGCCGUCAAGCAGGGUGUCAUCACCAAGCCCAUUGUUGCUUGGGCUAUCGGCACGUGCGCUAGCAUGUUCAAGACGGAGGUCCAGUUCGGCCACGCCGGUUCCUUCGCCAACUCACAGCUCGAGACGGCUGCCACCAAGAACAAGUCGAUGAAGGAGGCUGGCUUCCACGUCCCUGACACUUUUGAGGACAUGCCCAAGGUCCUUGCGGAGGUCUACCAGAAGCUCGUCAAGGAGGGCACCAUCAAGCCCCAGCCCGAGCCGGCCGUGCCCAAGAUCCCCAUCGAUUACUCGUGGGCUCAGGAGCUGGGCCUGAUCCGCAAGCCUGCUGCCUUCAUCUCCACCAUCUCGGACGAUCGUGGACAGGAGCUGCUAUACGCUGGAAUGCCCAUCUCGGACGUCUUCAGGGAGGAAAUCGGCAUCGGCGGUGUCAUGUCGCUGCUGUGGUUCCGCCGCCGUCUGCCCGAUUACGCGUCCAAGUUCCUCGAGAUGGUGCUCAUGCUUACGGCCGACCACGGUCCGGCCGUCUCGGGUGCCAUGAACACCAUUAUCACCACGCGUGCGGGCAAGGACCUGAUCAGCGCCCUCGUGUCGGGUCUCCUCACGAUCGGCUCCCGUUUCGGUGGUGCCCUCGACGGCGCUGCCGAGGAGUUCACCAAGGCCAGCGACAAGGGCCUGAGCCCACGUGAGUUUGUCGACACGAUGCGCAAGCAGAACAAGCUCAUUCCCGGAAUCGGACACCGUGUCAAGUCGCGCAACAACCCUGAUCUCCGUGUAGAGCUGGUCAAGGAGUACGUCCUGGCCAAGUUCCCCAGCCACAAGUUGCUGGAUUACGCUCUUGCGGUAGAGACUGUCACCACAUCCAAGAAGGAUAACCUGAUCCUGAACGUCGACGGCUGCAUCGCCGUCUGCUUUGUGGACCUGCUCCGCAACUGCGGUGCCUUUAGCGCCGAGGAGGCAGAGGACUACCUGAAGAUGGGUGUCCUGAACGGUCUGUUCGUGCUUGGACGCAGUAUCGGUCUGAUUGCGCACUACCUCGACCAGAAGAGGCUGCGCACUGGUCUCUACCGCCACCCGUGGGACGACAUCACCUACCUUCUGCCCACGCUCAACCAGGGCCAGCCUGGAGCCGAAGGACGUGUCGAGGUCCAGAUGUAA